AUGCAUUUACGAAAGAUCAAAACAACAUUUUUUGAAAGAUAUAGAGAUCAGAUCUUUUUCACAUGGAAUAAGUCUAAUGCUUUAGAACUUGAAACAGUUUUACGAACUAUUCGAGAAAAUCAUUCGAAUGUGCAUUUUCAAAAAUUAAUUGGAACAAGUGUACAAUUUGUAAAUACAUAUAUCGAAAAUCGACAACGUCAAUUAUAUAGUCGAAUUUAUCAUGAUCUUAUUAUUCAAAGUCAUACAUUGCCAUACGUAGUUGGCCAUUCAAAAUUAGCUCAUAGUGAUUGGUUUCUAUCAGCUUUAAUUCGUGCUGUUUGUUAUUGUUCAUCAGUCGAAGAUUUUAAUCAAGAAAGAAUUUAA